GAGUCCUUUUCCUCUCGCCACUGGUUCCUCUUCUCCUCUGUUCUCUCUCACUGGGAGUGGAUAAAAGACCAGAAGGUUACGAGUUUUUGAUCCAUCUCUUAUUCUUUGAAGCUAAGGAGCUGUCUUUUCCAAUCUGGGUGACGAUUUCUGCUCUCUUUCGAUAUCUUUCCAGUCUUUACGAUCCGGGCCACUCCUUUCUAGAUCUAAUCUGGUGGAAAGCUAGCUCCUUUGAGCUGGUGGAUUGGUGAAUACUACUGGGUCUCACUUAUUUCCUCUCUUGUUCUCUUCUGGUGUUUCUUUGGAACGAGCUCUGGGGAUCUUUGAAAAGCUCGAUUUCAGUUUUUUUUAUCACCGAAGGAAUGGGAGCUCAUCCCAAGGAUGGGGAAAGCUGUUACCAGAGUGAGCCUGCUGCAUUGGGGCCGGAAGGCGGAUCGGUCGCUGCAGAUGAAAAGCCCGCGAAGCCCCGGCCUCGGAUUCGAAUCUUGACUCGGAAGGCCGGCGAGCAGAACAAAGAGGCCGCUCAUGAAGUGGUCUCUUCUGACCGGAGCUUAGGAAGAGGUGACCGGAGCUUAUUAGGAAGAGCAUCUGAUGGUCACCAUGUCUCCAAGGGAGAUCUUGCAGAUGAUCAAGAUAAUCAUACCGAAUCUCGGAACAUCGUAGUUAUUGACACAGCAGUCGAUGGUCGCAGGAGCUCCGAAAGCAAGGAUGGGGAGGAUAACAAGGCUGAAGAGCCUCCUAUUUGUGUUGAGUGUGGGAAGACCUUUCCUUCGUUGAAAGCAUUGUAUGGUCAUUUGAGAUGCCAUCCUCUCAGAGGCUACAAGGGAGCGCAUCGACCACCUGAAACAAAGAAGAAGAAGAAGCUCCAAAUAGGUGCUGGUUCUUCAUCUGACCAAGUGCUAGCUGCAAAGAGAGGUGAGAAAGGGAUUAUCGAGUCGGACGACUCUGUAGUCAAUGCAGCUAUAAUCCUGUUGCAGAUGUCAAGGAGCACCAAUCUGUGGACUGGUGGGUUACAAUAUAGGAAGAAGACAAAAGAGAUGGAUGAGAAAAACAUUGAAGGUGAUGCCAUGCACGCUGAGAAUGUAGAUGGGCUCCAAGACGAGUGCAUUGAUGUGGGAGCAUCAAGCAGAGAAGAAAAUGUCCAGAAGAAGAAGAAGAAGAAGAAGAAGAUCAAAGAUCUGGAAUCAGUGCAUGAAGCUAGACCACCAACUCAAGAUAGUAGUGGAUACCGUUGCAACAUCUGCAGCAAGUAUUUCCCUACCCACCAGGCACUGGGGGGUCAUACAGCUAGUCACAACAAGAAGAACAAUUCAGAAGAAGUGGAUGAGGCAGAAGAUGGAAACCUGGGCCAUGCUGAAGAGCUGGUCGAUUCAAACAAUUUGGUGCCCAAACCAGCAACCACGGAACACCGAUGCACGAUUUGUCAAGCGACGUUCCCGACAGGGCAGGCUCUCGGCGGCCACAAGAGGAAGCACUGGAACGGUCCGGUGACGACAUCACCCUCACCACCACCAGCACCUUCACCUGUACCAUUAGCUGAGAGUGUUCAGAAGGCAAAAAAUAUGUUCAUGGACAUUGACCUCAAUGAGCUGCCAAAAUUCGAAGGUGGAGAACCAUAGUCUAGAAAUUCUUUAUCACGCUUUAUCCUAGGAUUAGAGCAGAUGUCAUUUGAACCUUCAAUCGGCUUUUCAUUUAGUGGGGUAUAUGACCUGGUGAUCAGAUAUUAAAGCUCCAAAUUUUGUAUUUAACCAGUUGUUUUUGGGUUGUUGGUGGAGCUGGUAAACUUAGUUGUGACAAAGGAACCUUUGCUUUCUUUCCUCCAUUCCUUAUUUAUUUAUCCAUCUUUUGUAAAUGCUAUCUGACGCAGCAGUUGGGUGAUUGAGGAACUACCCAAAAGGCAAAAAAGUUUUUCUCUCUUUCUGACCAAGUGAGGGGACCUCAUUUACAUCUGAUAGUUAUUAUAUUUUUUAAGGAGAAACCAA